UUUUCCCGAUUUUUGUUAAAGCAGACAACGUCAACAUAAAUACAUAACAAAUUUCAAAAGACUAUGACAAUAACACAUCGCCAAAAACCUUCUGGUAGCGCUUUAGGCGCAGCACUAACAACAGAAGGCGCUAGCUCUUCUGGAGUUGACGAUAAAGAGCCACCUAAAUAUCAUUGCGAUGCUUGUUCCAACGAUGUCACGAACACUGUCCGCAUCCGUUGUGCCGAUAAAGACUGCCCAGAUUUUGACCUUUGCGUAAGCUGCUUUUGUGGCGGGGCCGAGCCCGUUAAACACAAAACGUGGCACGAUUAUCGUAUAGUUAAACCGCACAACUUCCCCAUUUUCAGUGAAGAUUGGGAUGCCGAUGAAGAAUUACUACUCAUCGAAGCAGCCGAAAAGAACGGUAUUGGUAACUGGCAAGCCAUUGCUGAAUAUGUCGGUACUAAGGGAAAAGCCGAAUGUGAGCAACAUUAUUUGGAUGUCUACGUUUCCAGCCCUUAUUGGCCUUUACCCCGUAUGGAUUUGACCUUUGAAACAAGCGAAAUAGAGUGUCGAGAAAGGAAGCGGCAACGAUUACAACAGUCCCGUGGAAUUACUCGGAAGCCUCACUCUAGUCAACCUAACCAGCCUAAACCGAUUACGAGUGGACCAGCCUUCCAUGAAAUUCAAGGAUAUAUGCCUUGUCGGUUCGAAUUUGAAACAGAACAUGAGAAUGAUGCAGAACAGUUCGUCAAAGAUAUGGUGUUCAAUGAUGAUGAUACCCCAGAAGAAAUUGAAUUGAAGAUUAUGGUUUUGGAUAUAUACAAUUCACGCUUAGAUAGACGAAUGGAGCGCAAAAAGCUCAUAUUCGAGAGAAAAUGGUUGGAUUUCAAACGUAUGCAAGCAAUGGAGAAGAAGCGAAAUAAAGAGGAAAAAGAAAUAUAUAAUAAAACACGUGUGUUCUGUCGAUUACAAACAGCCGAUGACUAUGAAACAUUUGUAAGAGGAUUAAUCAAAGAGCAACAAUUGAGUGAUAGAAUUGCUACACUGCAAGAAUGGAGACAAGCAGGAUUGACCACCAUCAAGCAAGGGGAGCAGUAUGAACGGGAAAAGCAAAAUAGAUUGGCACAAUUGAAGACUUAUUUAUCACUAGCAAGUGACAAAUUAGGAGCAAAUGCUUCCGGUCAAAAAAGUCAGUUUCGUUCUCAAAUGGCAGCAUUGCAACCUUCCAGUGGCGCUAAUUAUUAUAGGGAUAGAUCUAACAAUGCAAACGCAUCAGCAGUAGCAUCAGCGGCCUCAUCUAUUACAACAGCUGCAGCCACCGGUGGUCGAAAACCUGCCAAUCCGCUCAAUAUUUCGGAAGCAGAUGGUGUUCAUUUGCUUACGGAAGAGGAACAAAUUCUAUGCUCCACAUUACGUAUUAUGCCAAGGCCAUAUUUGGUUAUCAAAGAUACUAUAUUGAAAGAGUAUGCCAAGCAGGGCUAUUUAAAACGUAGACAAGCUCGUGCACUAAUCAAAAUUGACGUGAAUAAGACGAGUCGAAUAUAUGAUUUCUUUGUUGAGAGCGGAUGGAUCAAAGCUUUUAAAGAUCCUGUUACAAUACCAACACCUGCAGCCGCAACGACCGUGACCCCUGCGGCUGCUGCUUCAAUUACUCCUGCUACAACAGCCACACCUGCGGCUGCAACAACUGCAACUCCUGCUGCUGCCGGUUCGGCAACUCCGGUUCCCGUUACACCAUCGCAACAACAACAAGUUACUCUUAAUGCUGAUGAUAAUGCCUCAACAACGAGUGGAAAUGUUAGCACUAAAGACGAAAUAGCAAAUACGCCUACUGCUUCAGCUGAUAUUACUUUAAAUAAUACUACCAUUACUCCCAAUACCAAUAGUUUGGCCGGUUCUAACGAUAACGCCACCAGCAUGGAGCCAGAAAAAGAUGAAUCAUAAAAUACCCCAGUUUGUUCUUCAUAUCAUAACAUUAUAAGCAUCCUCGAAUAAAUUAAUGUAACUUGGAC